AACAAAUCAGUUUUAACGGACAAGCUAUAAGAACGGGAAACGAAUCCAAAGGUCUGCUCUUGUAAUUGAUUGCAGUAAAAAUGAAUUGGAUUUUGAAGUUGAAACCUUUGGAUUAAAGAAAGAAGGUUCUGAUUCUCGUGGGUCAAAUAAAGAAGUGGAUGAUGAUUCCUGGAUGGCGCAGAAUCCUAGCUCAGAAUAUACGCAGGGCAAGGACUCUCACUUACCAUAAUAAAAAUAUUAAUAAUCGUGUAUAUGUAUUCUCGUGUCCAGAUAUUACUAGACCGGUUGCCUCUGUUGAGGUCCCAAUUAAUCCAGAUUCUACCAUUUACACUUAUGCAGCUAAAUCAGAGGGGCAAGACUUGGAGCAACUGGUAAGUUUGAAUAAGAUGUUUCGUACUAAGGCGACUUCGUUAGCCUUGCCACCAGGAUCCCCUCAUAGGGUUUACGAGCCUAGUUACAAGGGUAUCUGUCGGUUUAUCCUCACACUGAUGCUCUUUUAUAGUGAACAAAGCACGUCUAUCCGAGCAGCAAAUGUUAUUUAUCUCCGUGUUGUUUCUCAAGUUGAUAAACCGUCAGUUUAUGAUGUUUUGAGGUUGGAGAAAACGUUCAGAACAACAUUUUCUAUGCUUGUAGUACAUAUGUGGCUAUGUUUGCAACGCUUGAAAGCGGAAGGAAAAGAAGGUGUUGAAUUGGGACAGUAUGUAUAUGAGAUAUACAAUCAUGAUUUAGAAAUGAGGGUUUCUAAAGCCGGGGUUAAUUUGCUGUUGUCUAAAUGGAUGAGGGAGUUGGAAAAAGUAUUUUAUGGGAAUAUUGUUGCUUAUGAUACUGCCAUGCUUCCAGAAGCUAAACCAGAUGAGUUGCAAAAUACAAUAUGGAAGAAUGUAUUUUCUGAUGAUGGUUCACCAACAUUUGAUGCUGCUGCUUUACCAGCUGUCCUGGCAUUCACAAGAUAUGUCCGACGAGAAUGCACUUGCUUGUCAUUAACAGAUAAAGAAUCGAUGAUGUCUGGCAACUUCAUUUUCACCCCUAUCGAGAACCUGGACAAUCCUAGAUAGAUUGUAUUCAUUGAUUUUAUAGUCGUAUGUUAUUUCAUAUGGUUUAGUUAUUAUUGUUUAGGAAAUUUACCAUUUUCUCUAAUUUUUGAUUACCAGAGCAAUUCUUUUAUUAGUAA